UAGCUGUGCUCUCUCAGAAAGGUUUCCACGGAAGACCAGCGUCGAGAUCCUUAGGUGGUAUCUUGACAUUAAGCUGAGUGGAGACCUUUUCAGUGACGCUUAAUAAUAAAUUGAUUCUGUCGUCUCAUGUAUUACUUAAACUUAAGCGUUUUCUGAAUAAAUUUCUUCUAUUCUAUUCUAUUCUAAAACAGUAUAAGUACAGUUUUAGCACUUAAAGACUAAGGAUAAGGAAAAGUUUACAAAAUGCCUGAACUAGGAGUUCCUGUGUUUCAGGCAGAAUAGGACCAUAUUAAUUAAUUUGUAAUUGUUACAGUUGUUUAAAAAAUAUCUUAUAUGUGUGUAUGGCCCACUCACACAUGCAUAGCGUAGUUAAUAAGUAUUUUCCUAUACACACCUCAGUCUUCAAUAAAUCGUAGAACAAGCAACACUCAUUUGUAUUAUUCAAAAAACUGCAAGAUCCAAAAUCAACCUUAUUACAACCACCAUAUGGUCCAAACCGAACCGGAUAGCAACAAAGAAGUCUUUAGUUCGCCGGAGACCGAGAACAAAAGGACUGCAUUCCAGAGCGAUAAGGCGGCCGGCGACUGUUUUUUCAUAGUGAACAUUUUGUGAUCUUUGCAUUUAAAUUGCAAUACUUUGUUCUUUGCAUUUACUUUGCAGUGUGCUUUGCAAUCAAAUAGCAAGUUAUAAACAUUAUAAAGUGAUUAGACAUGACAUGAAACAUUUGAAUGCAACUAAAUAAUAUAAUAAGAUUGAACUUUUUCGUCGUUUAUCUACGUGAAAUUAAGUGAAACAAAAUGUCAACUACGGAACAAUUAUUAAGUUUGUUACAAGAUACAGCAAAUAUAUUACAAAAAACGCAAACAAAUCUCAAGAAAUGUUCUAAAGCACGACUUACAAGGGGUUAUCUCGAGUCGCGAUUAAAAAAUAUAGAACAUUACUGGAGUAUAUUUCAAAGUGCGCAUCACGACCUUCUUAAGUGUACACCGACGGAAAGGCGAAUGGACAUACCUUAUUUGGUUAAUGAAGAUUACUACAUUCAUGAAGAUUUGUAUUUUUGCUUGAGUGGCGAUAUAAAAGACAUGCUAUCAUCGUUUUCGAGUGGUAAAUGCAAUCAUACUGCCACUGACAGUUCCAUAACAGGAGAUAAAGUGAAGUUACCUCGCGUACAGCCACCAGUUUUCAGUGGUAGUUAUGAAGAUUGGCCAACGUUUCAAGACAUAUUUGAGUCACUUAUACACAAUAACAGCUCGUUAACCAACGUUGUGAAGUUGCAUUUUUUGAAAAAUAGUGUCAGUGGCGAAGCACAAGCUUUACUUAAGCACAUACAAGUAACAGACGCUAAUUACGAAGAAGCUUGGAAGACUUUAAAGAACCGUUACGGAAACAAAAGAAUAAUUGUUAACGCUAUCAUGAAAAGAUUAUUCUCGCAGAAAAAGUUAUACUCGCAAACUGCUAACCAAAUCAAAUCACUUUUAGACACAACUACGGAGUGUUUGAACAGUCUAAGCAACCUUAAGGUAUCCGUUGAAUCCUGGGAUCCCAUGAUAGUGCAUUUGAUUGUGUCGAAACUUGAUACAGAGACUCAUAAGGACUGGGAAGAAUAUUCCUUUAAGAGUACACCGGAUGACUUACCGAAGUGGUCAGAAUUGAGGACUUUUCUUGAAACCAAAUUCCGUACUCUGGAAUUUAUACACCACACUACUUCGACAGCUCCCUCAAGUUCUCGACCGGCUACGCAGAAAACCUUCCAUUUAACUUCGCCAGCUCCUUCUAAUGUCCAAAGUAGCUUAAAUACAACAUCACCAGCGACUUCAAUUAGAACAUGCAUCAAGUGUAACGACAAUCACACGCUGAGUCACUGUAAGGAUUUUGCAAGUAUGGACGUAGCUGAAAGAAAUGACUACGUGAAAACAAACAAUUUAUGCUAUAACUGUCUGCUCAGCGGCCACUCCGUAUUCAAGUGCCGUUUACCAACAUCCUGUCAAAUCUGUCAUAAACGUCAUCAUUCCCUACUACAUCACACAAAGAACGAGGAUAUAAAGGCACAUCUUAAUCAGAUGGAAGAAAAUAAUGAUGAUGAUAGUGAUGAUGUACCAAAAGAAGAUAGAGAAAAUGAUAUUACCAUAGCAACGCACUUCAUUACUAAAAAGACAGAUGCUUUAUUAGCUACAGCGCUUGUCCUGGUGAAAGGUGACAAGGGGCAAGUGCUCACACUACGGGCUUUAAUUGAUCAAGGUUCAGAAGCGAACUUCAUCACGGAGAGAGCCGUGCAGAUGAUGAAACUACACAAGACACCUGUCAGGGGUUCAGCCACAGGACUGCAAUCAAUGAAGACCUCAGUUAACAGUAUGGUACAGUGUGAGCUUCAGUCAAGAUUUGACACUAAUUUCGACCUAAACAUCAAUGCAUUUGUCUUAUCUACUCGAGUAACCACUGAGCUCCCAUCAAAAGCACUCACCAACACUCACCACGCUUGGCAGCACCUUAACGGACUCGAUCUGGCAGACCCGAACUACCAUCAACCAGGUCGAGUAGACAUGCUUCUAGGCGUUAAGGUCUAUGCACAAAUUUUACUGAAUGGCUUAAUCAAAGGUCCUCCAGGCUCACCGUGUACACAAAAUACAAGCCUCGGAUGGAUUGUGUUCGGAGACGCUGAAGGCAAUUCUUCAAAAAAUAUUGUUGUCAUGCAUCACAAAUUCGACUUAGACCUUCUGGUAAAAAACAUGUGGGAACUGGAUUCAGCAGAAAAACCAGAACUUACUGCGGAUGAGAAGCUUUGUGAAUCGAUUUAUGCAAAUACAACUACCAGAACAAAAGAAGGAAGAUAUGUAGUGAAACUCCCUACAAGAACAGAUAAAUUAAAGUCAACAGAAGGUCAAACAAGGGACAUAGCACUAAGAAGAUUCAAACAAUUAGAACGAAAAUUUGAGAAGGACAAAGAAUUCAAAAGGGAAUACACCAAGGUCAUAGAAGAAUAUUCAACAUUGAAGCACAUGGAAGAAGUUCCAGACACGGAAAUAGAAACCCCAUCAGUGUAUCUCCCACAUCAUGCUGUGAUUAGGAACGACAAAAACACGAAAGUGAGAGCUGUGUUUGAUGCUUCAUCUAAAGGCACAAACAAUAUUUCACUCAAUGAAGAGCUACUGGUGGGUCCACAGCUUCAAGAAGAUUUAAGAAACAUAAUCAUGAGAUGGCGUAUGAAGAAAAUCUGCUUCGUUGCAGACAUACAGAAAAUGUAUCGUCAAAUUUUAGUUACCAAACAAGAUGCAGAUCUACAGCGUAUACUUUGGCGCAAAAGUGCAGCAGACCCUAUCAAAGAAUACCGCCUGCUUCGUGUCACGUUUGGUACAGCAUCUGCACCCUACUUAGCUGUGAAAACGUUACAAAGGGUCGCUGAAGACGAAGGAAAACAUCAUCCAGUAGCUGCAAAAACGAUUAAAGAAGAUUUCUACAUGGAUGACCUCAUGUCGGGUCAAGAUAACGUAGAAGACGCUGUAGAUGUGGCGAAAAAUGUAGCAAAAACUCUAAAAAACGGAGGAUUUGAUCUGCAGAAAUGGUCGUCUAAUAGCACCAACUUUUUAAAGCAAUUCCCACCGGAUGAGAGAAACAGUAAUGUAAACAUGGAUAUCAACCUGGAUGGAACUGUAUGUGCACUGGGUAUCACUUGGAACAUGGGUGAAGACAGUUUUCAGUACAAACUUGAACUACCCCAGCAGCCAAGCACUAUUACAAAGAGAAACAUACUAGCAGAAACGCAAAAACUGUUCGAUCCUUUGGGAUGGUUGGCACCAAGCAUAAUUCAAGCCAAGAUGCUUAUCCAGAAACUUUGGUUGCAUCGAUCAAGUUGGGAUGAUGAAGUAGAACUUGAAAUAAAAGAAGAAUGGUUAAACAUAAGACACAAUUUUGAAAACUUAAAGGACGUUCAUAUACCAAGAUGGCUGCACAUCACUAAACUAAGACUAGACAAAACUACGAUACACGGAUUUUCUGAUGCAUCUACAAAAGCUUAUGCAGCUGUCGCUUAUUUAAGAGUAGAAACUGAAGAAGGUGAUAUCAAGACGAAUAUCAUUGCUGCCAAAGUUCGUGUAAGUCCAGUGAAACCAGUAUCUUUGCCACGAUUAGAACUAUGUGGCGCUGCGCUGCUGGCAAAGCUGCUUAAACAAAUUAGAGAAGCCAUGAGAAUCCCUGAAAGUCAAGUGGUCGCAUGGACAGACUCAACCAUAGUUUUGUCGUGGUUAAAAGGAGACCCUAACCGCUGGCAAACCUUCGUCAGGAAUCGCGUGGUGUCCAUUCUCGAUGACAUUGGUGAUAAAUGGUAUCAUGUCCCAUCCCAAUCGAACCCUGCGGAUAUUGCGUCACGUGGUUCACCGCUACCAGAACUCAUCUCACAUCAUUUAUGGUGGAAUGGGCCAGAAUGGCUAAAAACUCAUGAUAUUCUAUUCAAUAAGCCAGACACCACGACAGACCUGGAAAUGAAACGAACCUUCCACACCAACCUCAAGGUACAAGAAGAAGAUAAUUAUUCAAUUGUAAACCAGUUUGACGAUUUUGAUGAUUUACAAGAACUUAUUAAGACGAUUACAUACUGCAGACGCUUUUUAAACUAUAAGAAGCUUACCCCGAACCCCAUAUUCACAACAGAAGAAUUACAAAAUUCAUUGAUAAGUUGUAUUAAAUUGGUUCAAAAACAUGCAUUUAAUGAUGAUAUAACUAGACUAAAAAAUAAUAAAAACGUAAGAUGUGACAGUAAAUUGAAAUCAUUAAAUCCUUACCUGGAUGAAGUCCAUGUACUCAGGGUGGGCGGUCGUCUUAAACACGCAAAUUUGAGCGAAGAUAGCAAGAACCCUAUAAUUUUGGACAGUAAGAACCGACUUACCUUUUUUCUUGUAGCUGAUGCUCAUCAAAGAACCCUUCAUGGCGGACAACAGCUGAUGAUGUGCUACCUAAAAAGUAAAUACUGGAUCCUAAAAAUGAAACAAAAGGUCAGAUCGUACAUCCACAAAUGCCUGAUAUGUGCACGACAAAACGCCACUGCCAAAAAGCAGUUAAUGGGAGAUCUACCUAAGGAACGGGUUACCCCAGCACGUCCAUUUCUGAACAGUGGCGUCGACUUCGCUGGUCCAUAUCAAACACUUAUGUCAAAAGGGAGAGGAUUAAGAACCAUAAAAUCGUACAUAGCUAUAUUUGUAUGUAUGGUUACUAAAGCCAUACACUUGGAGCUUGUCGGAGAUUUAACCUCGGAAGCCUUUAUUGGGGCCUUCAGACGUUUUGUGGCACGAAGAGGCAGGUGCGCACAUCUUUGGAGUGACCAAGGGAGGAACUUCAUCGGAGCAAAUAAGGCUUUGGCAGAAGCAUUUGAAGAAGCAAAAUUGGACUUUGAUGGAGAUAUAGCUACAAAGCUGGCGUUAGAUGGAACUCAGUGGCAUUUUGUACCAGUAUACAGUCCCAAUUUUGGUGGAUUGUGGGAAAGUGGAGUAAAGUCCAUGAAGUUCCAUUUAAAGAGAGUCCUUAAUUCUCAUCUUACCUUUGAAGAAUUUUCAACCCUGAUCUGCCAGGUCGAGUCGUGUCUCAACUCACGGCCUUACGUUCCCAUAGACGACGAUGGAAACGCGAAUCCUUUAACCCCAGGACACUUUUUGAUUGGAGAGGCACCGAUAACCAUACCAUCACCAACCUUCAAAGAUGUGAACACGAACGUUUUGUCCCGUUGGCAACACCUGCAAAAAAUGUUAAAUGAUUUUUGGCAUACGUGGCAACAAAAUUAUUUAUCAACACUCCAACAGAGAACGAAAUGGACAAAAAAGGAACCGGAAUUUGAUAUUGGCCAACUCGUAUUAAUAAAAAACGAAAACUUACCUCCUGGAAAGUGGUUGUUAGGACGCAUUGUUGCCAAACAUCCUGGAAACGACGGCCUAACACGAGUGUACAGUGUCAAGAGCGGUGAAAAUAUUGUCAAACGUUCUAUCAGUAAACUUUGUUUCUUUCCAGUCGAUGUAACAGUAUAGUUAAACUUGUUUAAUUCUGAAGUAUUACAAAAUACUAAUGUUAUACUUGUUAAUAACGUCCAAAAAUUUAUAUAUGUUCUGAUAGAACAUAUUUAUUUUUAUUUUUAUUCAAUUGUAAAUUUCUUGCCAAUUUUGAUAUUUAUGCAAACCUGGUUAAGAAUUUUUACACAUAACAAUGAUGAAUUGUAUUUUAAUUUUGUUAUAAAUUUUGCAUGAUUAUUUGAUUCUGAAAAAGGAUAAUCAAUAUCCUUUUGGUGGGCGGUAUGUUACAGUUGUUUAAAAAAUAUCUUAUAUGUGUGUAUGGCCCACUCACACAUGCAUAGCGUAGUUAAUAAGUAUUUUCCUAUACACACCUCAGUCUUCAAUAAAUCGUAGAACAAGCAACA